AUGAGAGUGACUGAGGCCCGAGAGGUGAGUAUGGCCAGAGAGGUGAGUGAGGCCAGAGAGGUGAGUGAGGCCAGAGAGGUGAGUGUGGCCAGAGAGGUGAGUGAGGCCAGAGAGGUGAGUGAGGCCAGAGAGGUGAGUGAGGCCAGAGAGGUGAGUGAGGCCAGAGAGGUGAGUGAGGCCAGAGAGGUGAGUGAGGCCAGAGAGGUGAGUGAGGCCAGAGAGGUGAGUGAGGCCAGAGAGGUGAGUGAGGCCAGAGAGGUGAGUGAGGCCAGAGAGGUGAGUGAGGCCAGAGAGGUGAGUGAGGCCAGAGAGGUGAGUGAGGCCAGAGAGGUGAGUGAGGCCAGAGAGGUGAGUGAGGCCAGAGAGGUGAGUGAGGCCAGAGAGGUGAGUGAGGCCAGAGAGGUGAGUGAGGCCAGAGAGGUGAGUGAGGCCAGAGAGGUGAGUGAGGCCAGAGAGGUGAGUGAGGCCAGAGAGGUGAGUGGGGCCAGAGAGGUGAGUGAGGCCAGAGAGGUGAGUGAGGCCAGAGAGGUGAGUGAGGCCAGAGAGGUGAGUGAGGCCAGAGAGGUGAGUGAGGCCAGAGAGGUGAGUGAGGCCAGAGAGGAGAGUGAGGCCAGAGAGGUGAGUGUGGCCAGAGAGGUGAGUGUGGCCAGAGAGGUGAGUGAGGCCAGAGAGGUGAGUGAGGCCAGAGAGGUGAGUGAGGCCAGAGAGGUGAGUGAGGCCAGAGAGGUGAGUGAGGCCAGAGAGGUGAGUGAGGCCAGAGAGGUGAGUGAGGCCAGAGAGGUGAGUGAGGCCAGAGAGGUGAGUGAGGCCAGAGAGGUGAGUGUGGCCAGAGAGGUGAGUGAGGCCAGAGAGGUGAGUGAGGCCAGAGAGGUGAGUGAGGCCAGAGAGGUGAGUGAGGCCAGAGAGGUGAGUGAGGCCAGAGAGGUGAGUGUGGCCAGAGAGGUGAGUGAGGCCAGAGAGGUGAGUGAGGCCAGAGAGGUGAGUGAGGCCAGAGAGGUGAGUGAGGCCAGAGAGGUGAGUGAGGCCAGAGAGGUGAGUGAGGCCAGAGAGGUGAGUGAGGCCAGAGAGGUGAGUGAGGCCAGAGAGGUGAGUGAGGCCAGAGAGGUGAGUGAGGCCAGAGAGGUGAGUGAGGCCAGAGAGGUGAGUGUGGCCAGAGAGGUGAGUGAGGCCAGAGAGGUGAGUGAGGCCAGAGAGGUGAGUGAGGCCAGAGAGGUGAGUGAGGCCAGAGAGGUGACUGAGGCCAGAGAGGUGAGUGAGGCCAGAGAGGUGAGUGAGGCCAGAGAGGUGAGUGAGGCCAGAGAGGUGAGUGAGGCCAGAGAGGUGAGUGAGGCCAGAGAGGUGAGUGAGGCCAGAGAGGUGAGUGAGGCCAGAGAGGUGAGUGAGGCCAGAGAGGUGAGUGAGGCCAGAGAGGUGAGUGUGGCCAGAGAGGUGAGUGAGGCCAGAGAGGUGAGUGAGGCCAGAGAGGUGAGUGAGGCCAGAGAGGUGAGUGAGGCCAGAGAGGUGAGUGAGGCCACACAUGGAUGGAGGAUGGCUUACAGGAAGGUGAGGGAGGAGAGACAGCUGACGGCGGUGGGUAUUGAACCUGAGAGCUGGUUCUUGUUGGCUGGUGUUCUUUUGUUUACCCCAAAGUAA